AUGGAGAUGGCCAGUCUAAUCAAUACAACUGCUGCACCUGAUCUAAACGAUUCUUGGGUUGACUUGUUUUCGUCUCUUACCACCGUGGCUGUUGUUGUUUUCUCCCUGGUGUCUCUCCUCGGUGUGCUCGGGAAUGGACUGGUUAUCUGGGUGACCGGGUUCAGGAUGAAGAAAACUGUUAACACAAUUUGGUACCUCCACAUUGCUGUGGCUGACUUCAUCUUUGCAGUGUUUCUAGCCCUUAGAGCAACAUCCCUGGCUUUGCAGUUUCACUGGCCCUUUGGCAAUUUCAUGUGCAAGCUGUGCGGCACUCUAAUCAUUCUAAACUUGUAUGCCAGUGUCUACAUUAUGGUGGUGAUCAGUGUGGACAGAUGUGUGUCUGUGGUGUGGCCUGUCUGGGCUCAGAACCACCGAAAUGUACGCAGUGCAACCUAUGUUAGUCUGUGUGUUUGGAUGUUGGCUUUGAUUGUCAACAUUCAACAUUAUUUUUACAUGGACACAAAGAAAGAAACUGAAAACACAACUUACUGCUCCAACAUCGGUUUUUUUGAAAAAGCAACACCAACUGUCAUUCAGACCAUUGUUAUCACCCACUUCCUUCUCGGAUUUGCAGUCCCCUUAACUGUCAUUGUCUCUUGUUAUGCUGUCAUCAUCCAUCGUCUCAGGAGAAACCACAGCCUGGCCAGCCAAUCAAGUCGCCCCUUUAAAGUUAUCACUUCCAUUAUUGUUGCCUUUUUUCUGUGCUUGGCUCCCUAUUACAUCAUUGAUCUUAUUCAGCUGGUGAUAUUUAAGGCACCAAAUGCAACAUUUCACUUUGCCUUUCUAAUUGUGUCGAAUGUCGCCUCGAAUUUGAUGGUUCUUCACUGCUGCCUGAAUCCACUGCUGUAUGUCUUCUUAAGACAAGAUUUUAAGGCUGAAGUCCGAAAAUCCAUCCUGAAUGUGCUGGAGAGUGCCUUGAAGGAAGAGAAAAAACACUCUGCCAGUGACAUGAAGUCAGUGAACACCAGGCAGAGCAGAGAAAAGUCAGAUUUGAUUACUGAGGUAUAA